AGUGGCGUCACCGUGACGCAACAGGGUUCAUUUCUUCCCUUCAUAGUUCAUAAACCCCUAUUUGAUUUCCCUCCCAAAAUUAAAUCCCAAAUUUAAGCAUGCCUCCGAAGAAAGAACUCUGUAGGUAUUUUCAGCGUGGCAGCUGUCAGUAUGGCACCCGUUGUAAGUUUCUUCACACCACGCCACAGCAAAGUCAGAGCAAUCCUUUUGGAUUUGGCGCUCAAACUAGUCGUUCUCCAAAUCCACAGCCAAACCCUUUUAGUUUUGGCGCUCAAACUAGUCGUACUCCAAAUCCGCAGCCAAACCCUUUUGGUUUUGGUGUUCAGAGCAGUGCACACUCAAGAAGGGGUGAUGGCUUUGUAUCCAAACCAAAUCAAGUCAAGGUUCUUUCUGUGGUUUUUCAAGCAGUUGAUUGUGUUUGUAGUUUACAGGGUUGAUAUAUCAUCGUAUUCGUGCUGCCAGUUAUUAUGUUUUAGAUUUGAAUAUAUUUUUGUGACAGAUACAUUGAAAAAUUACUUGAUCUCAAAGUGGUUAAUUUUGUUGAUAUCUUUUUGUCAUCCAUUUGAUAAUAAGUGGAGUCGUUUUUCCAACGUAAACAAUAGCAGUGCUCCUGCUUCAAGGCAAGCUAAUAAUCAGCCUUCAGCUGCUAAUCAUACGUGCACCGCCACUGAUAUCGAGUCCUGCAAACGGGUGAUACUGGAAGAUCUCGAAAAUGAGAAACCCCUAUGGAAACUUACCUGUUAUGGUCACAGUCGAAAUGGUCCCUGUGACAUUGUCGGUGACAUCAGCUAUGAUGAGUUGCGUGCAUUAGCAUAUGAUGAUGCCAAACAUGGAAAAGACAUAGCGUCCAUUGUUGAGAGAGAGAGGAAUUUGCUCAACUCCAAGUUACUUGAGUUUCAGAACCUUGCACAAAAUCCUUACCCAGUUUCUUCAGCUCCUACCCCGAGUUCUCAAAAUAUGUUUGGUGGAGGCAGUACAAUUGCUCCAGUCGUGAACAAUGGUUUUUCUUCUCAGGUGUCAAGCUUUAGUCAAUUGAGUGGAUCAUCAAACACAAGGUCUGCAGCUGCACCUAAUUUUAGCUUUGGUCAACCAAACGCAUUCCAGAACAAUACUCAGCCAUCUAGCUUUCAAACAAACAAUUCACCUUUCAACACUCCAGGCUCUUUUGGUAUCCAACCUCAACAUUCUCCCCAAAGCUUCUCUCCUUCUGGUACUACAAGCUCCAACAAUGGUGCAAUAAGUGCUCAGCAGAAUCCAUUUUCAACUCCGGCCAGCUUACCACAGACAGGAAACGGGGCGGGUAAACAGUUAAAUUUUUUCACCAAUGAACCAAUUUCAGCUUCCAGUAGCAUUGGAUUGACCAACACCAGCACCCAAUUGAUUAGCUUUUAUGUGCUUCUUAUGCUUAUAAAUCUUUUGAGCAACAACACUCCAAAGGAAAACGCUAAUGUGGAUGCUGGCAUUUGGACGAAAGUUGAAUGGAAUGUCGGCGAGAUCCCAGAAGAAGAGCCUCCGGCGAUCUACAUUAACUAGAAUUGAGUGAGUCGGCAGAUGUAAAUAUAGAAGGAAGAAGUGAAGAGAGGCAGAGGGCAGAGCUUUCAAUAUGAUCACAAUUUUAUGUUGGGAACUUUAUAUUUGGUAUGUUGCUUGAGAGAUUAAGCAUCUCUGAUAGAGUAAAGGUUGUCACUCUUUGAAUUCCUGAGUCAACCCGAUAGAAUAAUUUGCCAAGAGCCCCAAAGCAGGAAAAGGAAAUUACAAAAUGAUAACUGGAAA